UUAUCCAUCAGAUUCAGAAUAAACUUCACUCAGUCGCAGCGUUUUUUCGACAGGUGCACAAGUGCCGUGCUUCUUCAAAUGCUAAGUGUGUCUCAUCGUGCUAAGGAAGUCAUUAAUUGAGGUCAAAAUUAGUGUCUGUUAAAUAACACUAGCUUCGGGGACGGUGAUUGUGAUACUGCUAGAAGAAAAGGCGUCGCCCACGUAAAUAAUACUCCGUCAUCAUCGGCUAUAAUGACGUUCAAAAAGGAUCUGAUCCUGCUCAUCAAGCCCUACUAUUGGGUCAAUAUUCUGAUGAGCAUUUCGUAUAUCGCGGCCAAACGAGCGCCCAUGAUUUGUAACUAUUUAUGGACAUAUCUGUUCAACCAGGAGGAUCAGUGUGAACUGGAUGGACGCGAGACGGAAAUUUUAUUUUUCCUGCUGAUAGUGGUCAUGAUCCGGUCGAGGAAAACGGGAAGUGUAACCAUGAUCAACUAUUUGACGUCCAGUUUUAUGUAUACGAAGCUUGCCAACCUUGGCCUGUGGUUCUACAGUGACAUCCGCCUGGGAUUGAUCUAUGGAGUGCUCUUCAUUCUGGUGGCGCUGCUUGUUCCGGAACCUACCUACUCCGGACCGGAGAAUGUCGUCUACUUCCGGAUGGAGAAUGGUCUCGAGGACGAGAUGGAAAAGGAAAAGCGUGUCUGCUGGUUGGUCACCUUCUACACAGUGUGGAAUCCGGCUUGUGUCAACUUUGCUCCAAUCUUCGCUGAGCUGUCUGCAGAUUAUAACUUGCCCAAUUUGAAAUUCGGCAAAGUGGAUAUCGGACGCUUCCCGAACAUUGGCAAGAAGUAUCACGUCUCGGACAGUUCGUUCAGCCGACAGCUUCCAUCGGUGGUGUUGUUCCGAAAUGGACAGGAAGUGGCCCGCAGACCGUAUGCCGAUGCCAAGGGUAAGCUCGUAAAGUUUUUCUUCUCCGCCGAUAAUGUGAAAGCUGCCUUCGAUUUGAACAACCUCUACAAGGAAUGUAAGGAAAACCCUAUCAAGCCCGUCAAGGCGAUCGCGGCCAGUCAAAAGAAAAAGAACUAAAUCGCAAUUUGCUGCUUCUGCUACUGCAGCACCACUCGCUGUGAAUAAUCCAUUCGUAAGCAUUUAAGACGUAUUUAAGCAUUGAUUUCUCCGACAAACUGCCCAUCAGAGCAAAUGCUAUAUAUCUUAUCACUUUAUCAGCGAAACGUACAUUGUCUUUUUGUCUAAUGCCUUGAAUUGGAACAGCCCUUGAAAUUGCUGCAUUGAGUCCCAUCGUUAGUCUGUAGGUUUAGUUUUAAGAGAAAUGUGCUUCAAUCGUGCCGUGAUGUAACCGAAUGAAAUCGCCACCAGCAUGAAAGUGCUAAUUACAUAUAAGUUAUCAGGAGGAAAAACACUGCAUCACUCCAAAGUCUAGGCAACUGAUAAAAGAACGAAGUGUCUUCUGUCGUAUGAGUUUGUAGGUACUAGCUAUUAGCGGUACUGUGGGAUCACGCCUUGUGGCUAGCGCACCAUUUCUCUUCUGCCGUUUUGAGUAAGAAUACUUUUAAUUUAUUUUGUUUCAUUUUGUGUUGUUUAGUUGUAAGUCGAAAGAUUCGUGGAGAAUUACCGAAAGCGUUACAUUAGUCAAUAAAUUUAGCG